AAUAAGAAUCUUUUAUCUUUACCUCAAAUGUCAAAAUAUCUGAUAAUGACUCUCAGUGAUAAGGAAUUUUUAGUAAAAUUAUCUUCUUUUCACGUUAAUUUUAACAUGAUGGAAAAUUUAAAUAUAUUCACCAAUAUUGUUUUUCAAAUUUUGUAUCCUUACAAUUAGCUAUCUAUUUCAAUAAUGGUGCGACAAAUUGAGCUGCAGGAGCUCAUAGAUGGUACAUCAGUACCUGAAGAAUAUGACGAUUCAAAACAGACUUGUUCCUUGAGAUUAUCACAAUGCAGAAUGUGCCCUUACUUAGGACUCAUCCUUGCAACAUUAUCAUCAUUAUUUUUCUCAUUAUCAUCAGUAAUAGUAAAAGGUUUAGUUGACAUCAACCCUAUGGAGUUAGCAGCAUUUCGAUUUGUUGGAGUUUUAUUGCCUGCUAUACCAAUAGUGCUUUAUAAACAGGAACCCAUUUUUCCUGAAGGAAAACGAGUGAUGUUGCUAUUACGAUCAUUUGUUGGAACAACAGGACUGAUGUUAAGUUUUUAUGCAUUCCGUCAUAUGCCUCUGGGAGAUGCAUCAGUUAUUGUAUUUUCUGUACCAGUAUUUGUAGCAAUUUUUGCUAGAUUAUUUUUAAAAGAACCUUGUGGACCUUUUAAUGUGAUAUCAAUAAUUUUAACUUUAAUUGGUGUGAUAUUAAUUACAAAGUCUGAAUUGGUUUUGGAUAAAGAUACUGACAGUGAAUCUAAUAAUAAUACUAGUGAUGUGUGGAGUGUGGUUGCAGCUUUCUCUGCAACACUUUUUGGUGCCAAUGUAUAUGUGCUACUAAGAGCGUUGAAAGGCUUACACUUUUCAAUAAUCAUGACAAAUUUUGGUACUUUCGGCCUAAUACAGACAAUAAUGAUAACAUACAUGAUUGGAGCACUUUGCAUGCCAAAAUGUGGAACAGACAGAAUUUUAGUAGUAGCUCUAGCAUUAUUUAGUUUUGGGGGCCAAAUAUUAUUAACAAUGGCAUUACAGUUUGAGCAAGCAGGACCUGUAGCCAUAGCUCGUUCGGCCGAUAUAGUUUUUGCUUUUAUUUGGGAAAUUGUGUUUUUCCAAGAAACACCCAACAUAUUUUCUAUCGGCGGCGCUUUAUUAGUUAUAUGCUCAGUUUUACUUACUGGGUUUAGAAAAUGGGCUUUAUCAUUGCCCAGUGAUUCAAAUGUCCGAGAAAAACUUGGCAUUUUAGCAAGAUAAUUCGUGUGCAGCAUUUAUCAUUAUGGAUAGGUUGGACAUUUUUCGUCACAUUUAUUGUGUGUA